UUUCUAGUAUCCCUGUCCUUGUGGAUUCUAUGGUCAAGUCCUCUCCGUUACUACCUCAAAUUCAUCAACGCCACCCCAACACUCCUUGCACAAAAAAUCAGAAAAUAUAACAAGAAUCAUUGAAUACUAACAGUAGAUUCUACAAUAUUCAUGGCACAAUCGAGAAAGCAUUGAGUAGCUUCUUUUUCAUCAAAGCUGAGUUCAACACUUCAAACAAAAAAUGCCCACCAUUCCUUUAAUUAAAACACCACCACCAAUUCCACUUUGCCUCAGCCUCUCCUCCCCCUGUUCAUCGAGUCUCCAACAAAGACCAAACUUUCACUUCUCACUCUUCAGUUUCAAGCCCAAACGCUUCCAUUUUCUGAAGCCAUGCUCUUCACUCAGAGAAACCAAGAAACAGCAGACCCUUUCUAAGACUCCCAGCAAUGCACCUCAAAGCAUCAGGAGGUUCUUGAAUUUGAACCCAAAAGGUGAAAAUGAUGAUAAUACUGAUGGGGACACCACUGGUGGUGACACUGCUGUUAAAGGCACAAUCUUGGCUGGACUUUUGCUUGUCGGAGUCGUUGGUGGGUUCGGGACUGUGGGUUACAUUUAUAGGGACCAGAUCAAUGCUUUCUUGACCCAGUUUUCAGGCUUCAUUGAAGGUUAUGGGCCAGCUGGAUAUGCGCUUUUCGUGGCAGUCUAUGCUGGAUUAGAGGUACUCGCAAUACCAGCCAUCCCAUUGACUAUGUCCGCUGGUCUUCUUUUUGGGUCGAUUACUGGAACUAUCAUUGUCUCUAUCAGUGGAACGGUGGCAGCCAGUGUUGCAUUUCUAAUUGCCAGAUAUUUUGCCCGUGAGCGUAUUCUUAAGCUAGUUGAAGGGAACAAGAAAUUCCUUGCAAUAGACAAAGCUAUUGGGGAAAAUGGUUUCAGAGUUGUUACUCUUCUCCGUUUGAGUCCGUUGCUUCCAUUUUCGCUUGGAAAUUAUUUAUAUGGGCUUACUUCUGUUAAAUUUGUACCGUAUGUGUUAGGAAGUUGGUUAGGUAUGCUUCCGGGGACAUGGGCCUAUGUGAGUGCUGGAGCAUUUGGCCGAGCAAUUAUUCAAGAAGAAUCUGAUGUAGGGUUACCUGGGGGAAAUGGUCAGCUAUUGACGCUUGGUUUAGGACUCUUAGCAACUGCACUGGCUGCAACCUAUGUGACACGGCUGGCUAAGGAUGCCAUAAAAGAUAUUGAGUAGACGGGGAAAUGUCUCUGCCUUGUAAUAUAGCGGAAGUAUAGUUCCAAGUGUAGAAUAAUCAGUAGAUACAUUACCGUCUUGUACAUCAGAAUUUAAACAAUUGACCUAAUUGAAUAAGAAAAUUAUAUCAUGUUCAGUUGUA